GCGGCAAAGUUACGCCUGCCGCAACUACGAAUCUUAGUGAAUUUGCCCCACAGAGACACAACUAUAUUGACCAAGAUGACCAACUGUUUGCCAGAAUAACUGACUUUAUCCAGCUGUGUAUUCCCAAGUAUUGGAAGGUAUUAAGAGAUUACUGACCAUUGUCUACUCAAAAUGAAAUGUAAACAUAUUGUUUAUUGAAAGGCCGGCAGGUCAAAGUUUAUUUGGGGAGAUUUUGAAUAAAAUAUAUGUAAGACAAUAGUGCCCCCUGCUGGAAAAUGUUACACAUCAUUAAGGAAAAAAAUGGACAAUGUAUAUAUUGAUUUAUGGAGAUUCACUGAGUAAUAUUUUACCCAGUGACUUCCCCAUCAUUUCCGAUUGGGUAGUAGCUAAUCCUUUAGGGACUGGAUGAUAGAUAAGAACAGGAUAUAAUGGGAAACACGGGAAUAGAAAAGAAAAAAGGAAAAAAGUAGAUGGAGGAAAAGAACUAGAGAAAGGAACUAAGAACAGGAGAGAAACUAAGAACUGGAAGACAAUUGGGGAAGAACUUUCAAAAAUUUUAGAAGACAGGAUUCAGAUCCCACACACGCAAUCUCAUACUUAAAGCAAUUGCUAAGCACUCUGCCAGAUCAGACAACUGCAAGGAUAGAAAGGAUAACAUUGUACGCCAACAGAAUCCUAUACUUGGAAACAUCUACUAUGAACAAAAGUAUUACUCAAAGUUUAUGGACAAUCAAAUCGAAAAUAUUGAAGCUCUGUUUAUUUCUUUUUUUGGCUACAAUGGCCUUCAUGGGAUUCCACUACCAUUCUAUCAAUAUGAAUUUGGUUCCGAGCACAGUGCAUCCCAGAACUGUUGAAUCCUUGUACCCUUAUCUCAUCGAGGAGCCAUCAAAAUGUAGAGGAGACCCCCCAUUCUUACUGCUGCUCAUUCCUUCAAUGCCACAAGAUGUUCUCAUCAGGGACGUCCUGAGGAAGACUUGGGCCAAUGAAAGCUUAGUCCCUGGAAUCUCCAUCAAGAGGAUUUUCCUUCUGGGAAGGUCCUUUGUUAAUGACACUGAAGUAUCUGUGGAACAAGAGAGUUCUACAUUCCAUGACAUCAUCCAACAGGAUUUCCUGGACACAUACCGUAAUCUGACCAUCAAAACACUGAUGGGUAUAGAGUGGGUGAGUCGUCUCUGCCCCCGAGCCAGUUAUGUCAUGAAGGUGGAUGGUGACAUGUUCUUCAACCCUUGGUUCCUGGUAAGACAGAUCCUACAGCCAGAGAAGCCCCUCAAGCUGGAAUUCUUCACAGGGCUGGUAGUGAGAGGCGCACCCUUCAGGAACAAGGACAGCAAGUGGUAUAUAUCAUAUGAAAUGUACUCUAAAAAUUUAUAUCCUUACUAUUGUUCUGGCACAGGCUAUGUCUUUUCUGGGGACUUGUCACCAAGGAUCUACAAAGAAGCAAAGGGGAUGACCAUUUUUCCAUUUGAGGAUGUCUUUUUAGGUAUCUGCUUAGAAAGGAUGGGGGUUCACCUCUCCAAGUCUGGGGGAGAAUGGUUCAUAGGAGAAAGGGUAGAAUAUAAUAGGUGUCGAUUUACCAAACUUGUUACUGUUCAUCAUUACAGUCCUGACGAGUUGUUGAAGUUAUGGCCUGAUUUCCUCAAGGCUCUGGGAGACUGCAAUGGAUAGUAGGAGGUCUUAUAAUGGCGCCUUCAACUUAUGUAAACAAUGGACUCAUAAUAUUAUUCCUUGGUCCCUUCUUAUUAAUGCUGUUGGUUAAACAUAACAGUAUUUUCACAGGUUUCACAGAAGUUUGCCUAAACUAUGGUUUUUUCUGGGUUCUCCAAAGUUCUGUUUUGGAGAAUUUUGCUCUAACAUAGUAAUGUUUCCUGUCUGUGAGCCCAGCACUGCCCUUCAUUCCACCAAAAAUGCUUCCUCUAAAGUGUUAAAUUGUGGUUCACCUGCGACAUCCUCCUCACAGGCUCCCUAUUGCUACAGACCCUUUUCAACCUUGGGGUCUUCUUUCUCUAUAAUUAUACCACUGCUCCUUAAUCCUCUUCCUCCUUGCACCGUACAUGAGAUGAGUACAGUGACACUGGUAGCCUCUAAUGUAAGAGACGGAAAGCUGAUAAAUGAACAUUAGAUGCAUUUUAGGGUGGAGAAGAUGGCCCAUUGCUGGAGAUGGGUUGACUUUUACAAAGGAGUGAAGCAGGUAAACCCAACAACCAGGGGCAUCUCUAUAGAGAAACUGUGUUACUUCUGGUGGGUAGGCAGAAGUAUAGUGAACCCAGAGGGCCGUUUGUAUAAUAUAUAAAGAAAUAUCUCCUUUCCAAAGUUUGGUGGUCCCCAAAUUACUUUUUCUGGGAAGCACAGUAACUGCUAGUUAUACAGCUGAUAACAAUAACCUGUUUAAUGGGGAAGUAAAGUCUAAAAUAGAAUAA